AGAGAUGGACCUCGGACGAGAAAAGCUGAAGAAUCUGAUGGACGAGGUGGCAAUCCAGCAUUUCCGAUCGGAGAGUGUCGUGGAAUACGGCAUAUGACAGAAAGGGAUGUGAUGUUGAUACACAUGUGAAAGGGCCGGAAGUAGAUCGAGUGGUUGGACUCUUGCUGUCUGCCCCCGAGUGUGAUUGCGCGUCCGAGUAUAUGCGGGCCUCGUCGCGGAGAAGAAGAUUAGGAGGACGAACACCGAAGAAGAAGUUGGACGAGUAGCAGUAGAGGGACGAGCAGGAGGAGGAGUUGCGAGUUGCGGUCACUGAAGAGGGACUGGAGUGGACGGGCGAAUGGGUUUUGAAGGACUGUAGACCUCUGGCUAGCUUUUCUGCCAAUGUGCGUCGAUUCGGUUGAGUGAGGUGUCCAGUAAUUGAAAAGGAAGCAUUGAGGGUGAGAAAUUAGUCCGAGAGGAUGUCGUGGAUCAGAUCUGCGUUCAACAAAGCUGCAGAAGUUGGAGGCAAAAAUUUAGGGCCAAAUCUGACCAAAACUGUGAAGACCUAUGCUGGAUCCGUGUAUCAGCAAGCAGGUCAUGCCGUGGCAGGUGGAGCCAAGAUUGUCCAGGACCGUCUGUCCGGACGGAAUCUGAAUAAUUUCAAACAUGCUGUGAGGAGACUCGAUGAAGUGGCUCUGAGCUCACGCGGUGAAGAGAGGAAGCAAGCUCUUUUAAGAUGGCUUGGAGCACUGAAGGAUAUUGACAAAGAGACCAAGUACCCCUCAAGACCUGGCAGUUUUGGUGGCUCUCACGAUGGAUCGUUUUCUCCAGGAAAUUCCAUGGACGGUAGUGAGCCAGGGCUUUCACCAAGGAGGGCAUCCAUGGUUUUGUUUUAUGAUUCUGAAACGAGUGGAGAGCCACUCAACUUCAGAGACGUGUUCCUUCGGAGUCACGCCUUGGAAAAUAUUGUUACCGCCAUGAUUCUCGAGGCGCCUGAAGAAGGGGAGGUUUCGAUGUUGUUAGAAAUCUUUGGGCUAUGUCUCAAUGGUGGUCAAGAGCUUCAUAAUGCUAUUAUCAGUAGCAUUCAAGACUUGUCCAAGGCCUCAUCCACCUACAUGGCUGAAGUACUGAUAAAAAAGGAGGAGUUGCUUCAAAUGGUUCGGGAUGCUGUUACUGGUUUGAAGCUCAAUCCCGAGGUGGAAAGGUUAGAUUCAGAAAUUGCGUCUCUGCAAAAUCAAAUUCUUGAGAAGGGAGGUGCUCUUGGAGUCAAUGAUGAAAGUGGCAUCAUGCAACCACCUAGACCUGGUCCGGAAACCAACACUACUGCGGAUAUUAUUCAAUUGCAAAUACGCCUACGGCUUUGCUUGCAAAAGAAGGCUUCGGCACUGCACCAAGGAGACAGUCCACAAGAACGUUCUCGGAAGGUGGAGAAGUUGAGGCAGCUCUCGGUUGCUCUCAACCAAACUUCCGAGGAGACUGAGAAGCAGAUUACCAAGAAUCGUCAGCAAAAACUAGAUGCCGUAAACUAUCGGGCAGCCAAAGCAUUGGAAGUGACCGAAGCUGAGAAGGUGGUGGCUGGUGAGGUUCGUGAAUUGGACAAGCGCAGGCAAGCUCUCGAGGCCGAACUGGCGGAAGUGAAGUCAGCCCUAGCAGCGGCUACUGUGCGACACAUCAAUAUUCAGGAAGAGAAAGAACAGUUUGAUGUAGCCAGCAGCAAUAUCGUGGCUCAUUUGUCGAUUCAGGAAGAAGAGCUGUCAAAGUCGAUCAGUGCAUGUAAAACUGAAGCAAGUGUAGCAAGUACCUGGGUAAACUUUCUGGAGGAUACCUGGGUAUUGCAGUCAGCCUCUAUGGAACAGAAGGUCAAGGAGACAGAAGUUUCAUGGGAGGAUUCCAAACAUCAGUUUCUUCAGAUUGCUGCCAUCAACUUGGCGUAUCGUCAGGAGGAGUUGGUUCUCUUCCUCAAGAGAUUGACCUUCUGUGCCGAAGAACUAGAGAUUCUGAGACAGAAGAAAUCGAAUGUGGCAGACCUUGGGAUGGAGGGAGUGAUUCCUGACAUCGUAAGAGCAAUCCGAAAAACUCAAGACAGCUACUUGGAGACUGAGAAUCAGGUGGAAAAAACUCUGAAGCUCAUUGGUCAAUUGGAAGAAGAAGUACAAGCAUAUCAAAAGGACGGAGAGAGUGAGAAGAGUGAAGCGGAGGUGAAGCUGAGGAGAGCGUUCGAAGCCGUAGCAAAGUUGGGCCAGGAGUACGAGGCACGACAGAGACCGGAGAUGGAAAUUGAAAAGAAAGCUAUCCAGCAAGGUCGAGCUAUGUUAGAGAAGGCGAGAGCACAGGUCAUCGAGACUGGAGCGCAUAUAAAAUCAGUUACUUCCAAGAGUAGCACACAAAAAGAAUCGAGUGCUCAAGCUUCCCCCAAGGAUGAAGUGACAAAAUCAAUCCCGGAGGUAAAGGAGGCAGUUCCGAACGAAAACACAGAUGAGGUGAAGGACGACAAGGACAACAAAGACUCCCUUGAGGUCGAAACAGAGGGAUGGGAGUUUGACGAACUUGAGGAAGACAUGAGCCCUAAGGAGAAAUAAACGCAAGAAAGGCCUGUGUUAAUAUAAGGAAUUCAUUUUGUAGACCAGAACCCUGUAAGAUGGAUUUGGUGAUGGUUCUGGUUGAGACAUGCUGUUGGUUCAACCAGCUUGUAAAAAGGAGAGAGUGGUGCAGACCUCGUUUUGUUGGAAAUAUGUGGGCAAAUGGAGGUGGGUGUCUAGUGAUCCAUACUAUUUCGUCAUUCCCACAACGUCGUGGGUGCGGGCAGGCCCUUUCGGGAGUCCUGGAGUUGCUGGUAGAUAGCCCAUUAGUUACCUGUAAUUACUCUUAUUGAUAUGUAGGUGUUCAUAGCCUUGUUCUUAAGGAUCUGCAUCAGUAGUUGAAAGUGGCUCAACUGUUCCCUUCCUUACCUGAUUAAAUUCCGUAGAGUGUGAGCAGUUGUGCUAUUACUUGAAAGUGUUCGUUGUUCUGGGACAUCGAUAGAACAUAAUUCAAGGUCGGAGCAGAGCACAUUGUUCUCGGUACCAUUAUGCCCCGUUAAAUAGAAUAUAGUACCGUUGAAGGUGUGUAUGUUGUUCAUCUUGUUUGUGGACCAGAACGAGUGAGACUCAAUCUUCAAAGACGAAGGUACAGAGAAAGAUUCCAACCCAUGCCUGAAGGAAGCGUUUCCUCUACUCAGUGGACCAGCUUUUGCGAUUUCGACUUAUUCCUGGAUCGGCCUUUCGUUCUCCAUAGUCCCUCGUCAUGAAGGCAUUCUUUUAUAAACAAGUUUUACUUAUUCCAAGAAGAUUGCUAUGAAGCCUUGAACGUUUAUUCGUUGAUUAGAUUCGUUUUGAAUAAACGGGCUCUCUGACUUCUUGUUGAAAAGUAGCUGUAUUACAACUUGACGUCUCUACUUCAGCCGCGAGGACUGGAGAGAAGAUGUCUGCUAUGAAUUGUACACAAAGAUGCUUUCUUUCUUU